GAGGGAGGGAUGUGAGGCUAAGAUAAAUCCGCGUUGCUUCUGAGCAGAGACAGAUGCAGCGACGGAGGAGCAGCAUCACUGGAUGGAGAAACACCUCCGGACACAAAAGCCACGUUGAAAAAGAAAAGCAGAUCAACUGGACCACACAAGGAACCAGCCAUGCGGCCACGGUCCAGACGGCGGUCCAAGAGGGCCCUCGUGCUGCCGACCAUCAGAGAGGGCGCCGAGGAGUCGCUGAGGGAUCUGAAUGAGGCCAACGUGCUGCACGCCGCUGGCCACGGCCAGGCUGUCUCCUCGGAGGACUACCUCCUCUCCAUCUGCCACCUGGCCAGCCCCACCUUCCCCGCCAGGCACACCUCCCCCGACAGCCCCCACCCUCUGCAGCGGCUGGCCAGGCUCGGUGAUUCUACAUCGCAGGCCAGCGGCACGCGGCAGGCCGAGGAGAUCCACCUGAAUGGCGAGCCGGUGUUUGGCAACUGUGACCCUCUGGAGUACCUCUACGGGCACCAGGAGGCCCCGUCGGGAGGCGUGAGGGGGGCGUUUGUUCCCCCCACUCCAGAACUGCCACGCCAGCGCAAGAGCAGCUGCCCUGAGUUAGCCAGCGGCACGGACACAUGUGUCCCGAGCCCCUCCCCGAGGCACAGCGCCUCCCCAUGGGAGACCAGGAGAGAGAACCCAGAGCAGGAGGGGGGGGGGAGACAGAGUCCAGCCAUCAAACCAUCCCUCAUCGCCCAGUGGCUCUCCGACUGCAGGUCGGCGUGGAGGGAGGCGCGUGUGAGAGCCCGCAUGCUGCCUGCCAUCGCUGAGAUGUAGGGGGCGCAGAUGUACACACACCGUGACACAAGACAAGACAAGACAUUCCUCUGGGACCUUUGUUUGGUGCAUGAGAGCUUGACAUUAGGGGAUAUGGGGAUUUGUGUUAUGUGGAUGUAUUAAGGGAAAUGAUUACACAGACAUUUUACAUUUUUUUUAAACUAUUUAACAACACAAACUGAUGUUUUUUCCUUCUUGUGUCUUGUGGACAAAUUAAUCAAUAAAACAUUGCUUUUAUACUCCCAAAGAUAAUGUAAUACAAGGGAAAAAUA